AUGAUAGAAAUUUCCAGUAAUUUGACAUUUCCAUUUUCCACCUUCCAUCUGACAGGCAUCCCAGGACUGGAAGAGGUCCAUGCCUGGAUCUCCAUCCCUUUCUUCUGCCUCUAUACCAUUGCCCUUUUGGGAAAUGGCAUGAUUCUGUUUGUCAUUAUAAGAGAGCAGAGCCUCCAUGAGCCCAUGUAUUAUUUCCUUUCCAUGCUGUCAGCUACUGACUUAGGCUUGACUAUUUCUACAAUGUCAACAACACUGAGCAUCCUUUGGUUUGAUGCUAGAGAGAUCAGCUUAGAUGGUUGCAUUGUCCAGAUGUUCUUCCUUCAUGGUUUUACUUUCAUGGAAUCUGGAGUCCUGGUGGCAAUGGCUUUUGAUCGCUUUGUGGCCAUCUGUGACCCUUUGAGGUAUACCACCAUCCUCACCAAUGCUAGGAUUGCACAAUUAGCUGUAGCAAUGAUCAUUCGUAUGACAGUUUUAAUGCUACCCUUACUCUUGUUAUUUAAGAAGCUAUCCUUCUGUGGUCCUAAUGGUCUUUCUCAUUCCUACUGUUACCACCCUGAUGUGAUUAAGUUGUCAUGCUCAGACACCAAAGUCAAUAGUAUGUGUGGAUUAGCUGCUCUCAUCUUGAGCACAGGGAUUGACACACCAUGCAUUGUGCUCUCUUACAUCCUGAUCAUUCGCUCUGUCCUCAGUAUAGCAUCCCCCAAAGAGCAGCAUAAGGCUUUCAGCACCUGUGCAUCUCACAUUGGAGCUGUUGCCAUCUUUUAUAUCCCUAUGAUUAGUCUAUCUCUGGUGCACCGCUAUGGUCAAUUAGCUCCUAAGAUUGUACAUACAAUGAUGGCCAAUAUCUACCUAAUGCUUCCACCUGUGCUUAACCCCAUUAUAUAUAGUGUGAAAACAGCUCAGCUCCGCAAGGUAGUGGGCAAAUUACUCCUUGCAAAAUAG